CUGAGUGUAGGAGAGCGAGAGGCUUGAACUUCCUGUGCAAUCUCAGUUCACCCGUUUUACAUAUACAGGAAGAUUUUCGGAGCUGCAAAGUGAGAGAGGAGUGUUUGGUAAUUUAAAGAGAAAUCCCCCCCGUGCAUAAACUGUAAAUGCGGAUUGUUUACAUCAGUCGGUCGAGUCGGAGAAGCCAUUCCUUCUUUCCCUCCUUCCUUCGCACACUGUGGCGGUGGCGCGACUCCCCCUCACCGCAGAUAGUGUCAGUGGAGCUGGCCAUGGGGCCGUGAUACAGCCCGGGCCCUGACUGAGGUUCUGCGUUGCAUCAGAAAAGGAACAAUUAUUGAUGCACGAUUCACUUCCCUGACUACUGCAUCAACCAAGAGUGACUACAAGAGGAAAAAGAGAAGAUUUUGAACUGCAAUAUUAUUUCAAGAUAAUUGCAUGAUCUGAUAUUCGAGGGAGUGUGUUGAUGUGCUGACCAAAUUGAUCGAGAUUAUUAUGGCUGUUCUAAAACUCAUCGAACAGCCUCCUCUGGUCCAGGCCAUCUUCAAUGGAGACCCUGAGGAGAUACGCAUGCUCAUCUACAAAUCGGAAGACAUCAACGCUCUGGAUGCAGAGAAGCGCACCCCGCUCCAUGCUGCAGCCUUCCUGGGUGAUGCAGAGAUCACUGAGCUUCUUAUCCUCUCCGGGGCGCGGGUCAACGCCAAAGACAGUAUGUGGCUCACCCCUCUCCACCGCGCGGUGGCAUCCUGUAGUGAGGAGGCGGUUCGUGUGCUGAUCCGUCACUCUGCUGAUGUGAACGCGCGGGAUAAGAACUGGCAGACGCCGCUUCACGUUGCCGCUGCCAACAAGGCCCUGCGCUGCGCUGAAGUCAUCAUCCCGCUGCUGAGCAGCGUCAACGUGUCGGACCGCGGGGGGCGCACCGCCCUGCAUCACGCCGCCCUCAACGGGCACACUGAGAUGGUUAACCUGCUGCUGGCUAAGGGAGCCAACAUCAAUGCCUUCGAUGAAAAGAUGGCGCGCCCUGCACUGGGCGGCUUAUAUGGAACACUCGUCACCACGGAGCCCGACUGCACAAGACGAGGGGUCCAUGGUAUGUUUCCUCUGCACCUGGCUGCUAUGAACGCCCACUCAGACUGCUGCCAGAAGCUGCUCUCUUCAGGCUUCCAGAUCGACACCCCUGAUGCACUGGGGAGGACCUGCCUGCACGCUGCCGCCGCCGGAGGUAAUGUGGAGUGUGUGAAGUUGCUUCUGAGCAGCGGUGGGGACCACAACCGGAGGGACAAGUGUGGCAGGACCUCUCUCCACUAUGCGGCAGCCAGUCGUCACUACCAGUGCCUGGAGACCCUGGUGUCGUGUGGGACCUGCAUUAAUGCCACUGACCAGUGGGGGCGCUCUGCUCUGCACUACGCUGCUGCCUCCGACCUGGACAGAAGGCGACGUCAGGCUCUGGAGCCAGAGAGUGAAGGGGUGCAAGCAGAGAAGGAGAAGGAGGCUGCGCUAUGUCUAGAAUUCCUUUUGCAAAGUGGUGCUACUGCCUCUCUGAAGGAUAAGCAGGGCUACAGUCCUGUCCACUAUGCUGCAGCCUAUGGCCACAGACACUGCCUGGAGCUGCUGUUGGACAGAGACGAGAGUCACCAGGAGGACCCAGACUUUCUGGGUGCCAGGAGCCCCCUGCACCUCGCUGCAUACCACGGCCAUGCACAGGCUCUGGAGGUGUUGCUGCAAGGGGAGAGGGAGGUAGACCAGGGGGACGAGGCUGGUCGUACUCCCCUGGCCCUAGCGUCCCUCAGGGGCCACACUGACUGCGUCCACACCCUUCUCAGCCAGGGGGCCUCGCCACGCACCACGGACACCAACAGGGGACGCACCCCGGUACACCUAGCAGUGAUGAAUGGUCAUACGUCGUGUGUCCGCCUCCUUCUGGACGACCAGGAUAGUGUAGACCUGGUGGACACGACAGACUCUCAGGGACAGACUCCUCUGAUGCUUGCGGUGGCAGGGGGACAUGUGGACGUUGUGUCUCUGCUGCUGGAGAGAGAGGCUGCUGUAGAUACAGCAGACAACCAUGGCCUGACCGCCCUGCACUUGGGGUUGCUGUGUGGUCAGGAGGAGUGUGUUCAGUGUCUGUUGGAGCAGGAGGCCUCUGUGUUGCUGGGGGACUCCAGGGGCCGAACAGCCCUCCAUCUGGCUGCAGCGAAGGGCCACGCAUCCUGGCUCGCUGAGCUGCUGAGUAUGGCCUGUUCUGAACUGCCCAUGCCCCCCCUCCGAGACCACCAGGGGUUCACCCCCCUGCACUGGGCCUGCUACAAUGGUCACGAGGCUGUGUGGAGGUACUGCUGGAGCAGAAAGGUUGUCGCUGUAUCGAUGGAACCCCUUCACUCCCCUGCACUGUCUGUGGUGAAUGAUCAUGAACCCUGUGCCUCACUACUGCUGGAAGCCAUGGGAUCAGACAUGGCCAGCUGUAAGGACGCUAAGGAUCGGACUCCACUCCAUGCUGCAGCGUUCUCUGGUCAUGUGGACUGUGUCCAGCUGCUUCUGGCCCAUGAUGCACCUGUGGAUGCUGUGGACCAAUCAGGGUGCAGUGCGCUGAUGAUGGCUGCAGAGAAGGGAAGAGUCGGGACUGUAGAGGUGCUGCUGACCAGUGCCAACGCCAGCCUGAGGUUGGUGGACCAGAAUGGUAACACCGCCCUCCACCUGGCCUGCAGUAGCGGAAAGGAGGACUGUGUACUAUUCAUCCUGGAGAGGCUGAAGGACACUGUGCUCAUAGCUUCCACCAACGCAGCACUGCAGACGCCCCUCCACCUAGCGGCCCGUAGCGGUCUGAAGCAGGCUGUCCAGGAGCUGCUGUCCAGGGGGGCCAGUGUUCAGAUGUUGGAUGAGAACGGUUUGACCCCUGCUCUGGCUUGCGCUCCUAGCAGGGAGGUGGCUGACUGUCUGGCUCUCAUUCUGGCUACCAUGAUACCUUUCUGCUCCCCUUGCAGCUCCGGUGCGCCCUCCCCAGGUUCCCUCCUGAGAGCCCUACCCAGGGAGGGGAAAAGCUCCCAUGGCCCUCGCAGCCCCAAGGCCCCCUCGGUCCCCUCUGAUGAGGGCAGUGCCAGUCAGGGCGCCACUGAAAACGACUCGGACUCAGAAACCUUUUGA